GCCUUGCCUCUUCUUGGACGAAUUCUGUCCCACAUUAGUCAAUUCUAUGUAGUGUUCUUAUAAUCCAUAUGAUAGUCGAGUUGAAUAUGUGUCUGGAUUUGCAACCACCGCCCCUGCAGAAAGGAGUAGCCGAGUCCCAUGCAGCACCUGUGAAGCAGUGAUCACUGACACCCGACAUCUCGCCUCAAUAGGUACACUGCAUUAUGACUCUAAGUGUCCUGUCUUGCUAUGUGUUAUGAUGUAUAGUGUUGAAGCAAUACAGGCUCCACGCUUUCACUGUGUAAUGGGGCGGAGUGCCAGGCAGCAGCAAGAUGGAUGCUGCAUUUGCCAAAUACUCAAUGAAGGGUGGAAAAGUGCGCAAGUCACAUUUAGAAAAGCUUAUCCUGGAAUCUCCUGAAAAUACAACAGAAGAUAUCCAGUCAGCCUUAAGAGAACUUGUGAGCCCUGGCAGUCCUCAACAGCAAGUCGCAGCCGUGGACAAGCUACUCACUGCAGCUCUGGCCUCUGAAGACUCUGCUGAGGUCUGUACCACAAUAUUCUUAUCAUCUUUAUUGCAGUUGAAGCCAAAGGUGCAACUUAAGAGUAAAAUACUUAAGUGCAUCCCUGCUCUGGCUGCAAGUUACCCAGAGACAUACAGAGAAUGUGCAUUGAAUUUCCUUCAGUCUAGGAUUGCAAGUACAACAGAUGUUUUUAGGCUGGUACAAGGAGUGUCCCUUUUGGUCGAGGAAAGGAACAUUAUAUUGACAGCAGAGAAGGAGGAUAAAACACAGUGUCCCUCAGAAACUGACGACUGGCUCAAGGUGCAGCCUGUCAUCAUCCAGGCCAUCCUGCGAGGGCUGGGACUCCUUUGGAAGCGCAGCCUUGGAGAAUCCUCAACUGUGGAAACCUCCUCAGCUCUCCAGCAAAUGCAGCAGCUGGUGAAGAGCAGCACAUUGCUCUAUCAGCACCAUUAUUGUGCUCAUUUAGAUACUGAUGCUUUGUCCAGGGAGCUGCUGGGUGGAGUGCUGGACACACUGCACCACCCUGCUUGUCCCCUUGACCUCAGAGUUAAUUGUGGUCAACUCUUUAUACUGGUGCACAACCUUGUGUCCAAGGAAAGCCUUUCACUGUUGGUUAAGAAUGUACUUAAUGGAGUAGGACAGUAUGCGGACCUGCCAUGUGUUGGGCAGUUAGCUUUGAUAAAUGGCAUCCUUUGUGUUACUCCCAGCAGAAAUCUAUAUUCUAAGGAAGAUGACUUCUAUCUUGGUAUAGAAGUAAUUCAAGCAUGCCUUAAUUUGGCCUCCAAUACCAGUGAUGGCAACAUUGCCCUUAGUGCAAUAAGGUUAAUUCACCAGUGGACCCUGCGCACUGCAGAGGCACACCUUCGUGGCUUCCUGCUGGAUGAUGCAAAAAGUAAAUUAGAUAUUAUUUCUCCACCAGUGUCAUAUUUAUUAGAAUAUCUUUGGUUAAGCUGGGAUCAUUUCCUAGAUAGUGUAAAACAUACAACCAAAGAAACAUUUUUUAAUCUGUUACGAAUCCUGCAAGGUGUGAAUGAAGAAAAAUGUAAGCAGUAUCUUCUAAAUAUUUGUGCCAGUUUUGUGCCACAGCUGAGUGGCAGGUGGUAUCGCUGCAGUGCUGUGAGCUGUAUGGUGCCAGUGUUGGGAGCUCAUUUCCUCUUAGACUUGUAUCCUUCUCUGCCAUGCACACUGAUCACAUAUCUCAAGGAGCCAAGCAUGGCUAGCCAUGCUUCAGAGUUGAUACAAGCUCUUUUCCUGCAGCACCUCAAAGAAGUGUCACUAAGCCACUGGCAGGAUGUGUGGCUCACAAAUUUUAUUGACCUGUUUUCAAAAGAAAUGCAGCCAUAUGGAUAUGAGUCAUUAUUUAAGAAAUUGUUAUUUGCUUGUCCAGAAAGUCUUGAUACAGCAGUAUACAGACUUGUUCAGUGCUCAGAAAACCCAGAAAGUGAGAAGCUGUGUCUUCUUAUUAUGUGUGUGAAAAUCGGCAGAUAUUCACCACAAUGGAUAACAAAGUGCAAUGACCAGUCGAAACAGUUAGAUACCAACAUGUGGAAAGCUGUGCUGCCCUAUAAAAUCAUUGAAUUGUGCAUCUCUCACCGGGAUGAGUCAGUGCAGGAGGCAGCCUUUAGUCUUUUGUGUGAAAGUCCCAAGUCAACUGAGCUACCAGAAGCUCAGGACCUGGAGUUAAUCCUGGAUUACUGCAGGUACAGUAUUACCUCUCACAGCCCCUCACACAGGCAGCAUUUAGUGAAGAGCAUGAAGAGACUUUUAGUUCGCAUCAAAGAAGGUUCAUUUGCUUUUAUGAAAUCAAAUAAAAUACAGGAAAAAUGUUCUGAUGGAUCAGUAAUCAAUAUUCUGUCAUCAUUCUGCAAUAGAUUGUUUACAAUGAUGACCCAAAGCAUUGGCUUUGGAGCAAAUGCAUCUCGGAAAUCAACAGCAUUGCAAGUACUGGAACUAUUCCAAGAGAUUAUUGUGGAGGGAUGUGGUGAGGCUCUUAAUGUCUGUCACCUUGUACAGCAAGAGACAUACCUUGAUACUCUUCUUUCAGUAUUAGAUGACUCAUUUGAGACCAACAAAGUUAUAGCUCUCAGACUCUUGCUGUCAUGCUUUAAUGAAAAGAUAUUUCAACAUAAGCUGGAAUCUUUGUUUACUGCUGCUCUCAGCCUAGCAUCAUCUUGCAGGCCUCCAGAUUCCCUGACAGCAGCUUAUGUCUUCAAAUUUUUAUGUAAUCAUCCAACUCUUGUUCAAGUAAUUGGUAACUGGACAGCAGAAACUGUCACCUGUGACAGCCCUAGAAGACUUGUGUGUAAACUUUUACUGAAUUAUCUCCAGAAAGAGGUUAAAGUUGCACAGGAGAAUUUACUGAAUGCAGCAGCCUCAGGCCCCAUGUAUGGACUGUUACUCUGCUUAAGAAUGCAGAUUUCUGAUUUGCAUGAGUCAGAAUUCACAAAUUGCCAUUCAGAGUGGGUUCAUAUAAUACAUGAGAUACUGGAAAUGUGUUAUAAAGUAUCUGAUUUGGCAGCUCCAGUAGUGAGAAACUCAUCACCAGAAGGGCAUCUACCAAUGGAUCUGAGUCCAGACAGUCUGGAGUCCCUCAGAGCUGCUCUUCAGGCAUCUCUUGGCAACCAGCAAAGACAAGAAGAGAUCACUUUGUCCCAAGACUGCAGACCUGAAGAACUUGUGAAAGCUCAGGCUAUCAGUGCACAGAUGGUACUGCUGUGUGCCUGGCGCAGUGUGAAGGAAGUGUCUCUGAUAUUUGGAGAACUAAUGCAUCAAGUUCCUCUCUCCUACAAUGGCCCUAGCUUACUUACUAUAAAAGAUAUUGAAGAUAUUGGACAGUAUUUCCUGUCACAGUUAUUAGAAACCAAACAUAGAGGAGCCUUUGAACAGUCUUAUGUUGGCUUUGGUCGGAUUUGUCAGCGUUUAUGGCAGUGUGAAGAAGAAUCGCUCAGAAAACUUCCAGAAAAAUGGCUCAUUGAAGUACUAAACUCCAUACAAGAUAGCAGCGACACACGACUGUGUUCCACUCGUCGUAGUGCAGGAGUUCCUUUCAUAAUACAGGCAGUGCUGUCAUCAGAGCCGAAUGUUUGGGGAGCUGCGUGCCUCAAAAGAACCAUGACCCUCCUUUUGAAAUUGGCAAGUGAAUCCCAGUAUGAAGGAAGUGAUGCCAGGAUCCAUGCCUUCAAUAUUUUAAGGUCAUUGUAUCGAGACACAAGGCUAGGUGAUCACAUAAUAUUGUAUGUAUCUGAUGGAGUGAAGGCUGCCCUAAGAGGAUAUAAAAGUAAUGCUUGGGCUGAACGUAAUGCAGCUUCUCUUCUGUUUGCCUCACUAGUGACACGAAUGUUGGGUGUAAAGCAAACCCAAGAUGACCUCAGCCGCAAGAAUGCAAUGUCUGCUCUUGUGUUCUUUAGGCGAUACCCAGAACUCUUUAAUUUCUUAAAAAAUGAACUGGAUGCUGGUGCUGCCGAGAUUAAAGAAGGAAGAUUGGUUCCUGCAAUAUUCCCCACAUUGCUACUGCUAGCCAGGCUCGCACCAGCACCUCUCGAAGGCCGUACCUCAGCUGUCUCCAUGGCCUCCUUCAGGCCAGCUAUUCUACAGUGUGCUACCUCUUGUGUACUUCAGCUGCGUACCCUUGCCUCACAUGCCCUUGUGCCCCUGGUGGCUCCAAGUCAGCUGUCUCAAGUGGUAGGCCAGCUAUGUCAGAGAGCUGCUUUAAAAGAUCAGAAUAUGCUUCAUGGCUCCCUCCUUUGUCUAUUAAAAUUGCUCAAAAGUUAUAUUGCAAAGGUUGAGAAUGAUGUUAAAGAUAUUGUUCAUAGUAUAUUUCAGAUAGCAUGGUGUGCCACAGAAAACAACCCAUGCUUAGUGACACGUAGUUGUGCUUUAGAACUUUUUGCCUUCUUGGAUGACAAAUGUAUGAUUGACGAGACAUCAGUUGCAUUCAAGAAUGUUCAUUCAGGAGCUAUAUCAUUCAUUCAUGCAGACAGUGUGUUCUUGUCUAGCCAGCCUUGGUUGCCACUUUGCAAGAAACAAGCCACCAGGUUUGUUUUAAGGAGUUCCAUUACUGAUACAUGUGAUCUCCAAGAUAUAUACAAUGGUUUUGUUAACAGUAACUAUUCUGAUGUGCGAGUUUGCACUUUGGAACAUCUAUCAAGCCUUCAGAAUAUUCCUGAUUACAUAUUUGAUAUACUGGAAGAAAGGAUGGAAAGUAAAGAGAAAGAUUCCACUUGUCUCCAGCUAAUUUACCUGAUAAUGAGCAGAGUUGCCCACCAUCAUAGUGAACACCCUCACCUCAUCCCCCUUCUGCUGCACUCUAUCACCAAGGCCAGAGAGGAAGCUUGCUCUGAGCUGCAGGCAGCAGUGAUACACCUUAGCUCAGCUUGCAUGUCCACAUUAUUAUCUGUGACACCUGCCAUGCACAUCCAAGAAGAGUUUGAUCUGUGGUUAGAUGUGAUUGUGGAAUUUUCAGCUAGUGACUGUGACUAUGACAUCCGUGUAGCUGUGGCUGAGGGCCUCACCUCAAUUCUGCCUUAUCUCUUCUCCCAUCCAUGCAUCUCAUCCUUAGCAAGAUUAAAAGCCCUGGAGGUAGUGAUGGUGCAGCUCCAGGAUGACAGCAGUGAGGUGCAAGACAUAGCUGCUGAAGGGACCACUAGCCUUGACACCCAGGAUGUUUGCCUCAAUCCCCCAAGAGCCAAGCAAAAAGUUUGCAGUUUGAUUGGUACCAUUAGAACUCCAGAGGCAUUGUCACUACUUGUAAAAUUAUGCUUGAAGGAAGAUACACCUGAAGACUUUGGGCUUUCACAGGAUGAUGACCGAGUCUUUGACAAAGGGGAAGUAAACAUCUACAAGGAGACCCUGUGGUUGGCCCGAGCAGCAGCACACUCCCUCUCCAAUUGUCUGUCUGUUUAUCCCCUAGUGCCAGACAAACCACUGUUUUUUAGCUAUUUCAUCAUACCACAUAUGUUCACAUCAUUAGAUCACAAUGGGGAUUUCAGUAAGGAUAAAAAAUGUGCAGAUGCUCAAAUCUCUUCUUCCAGAUUAUUGAGUUUGUUAGAACAAGAUAUUCUUUAUUUGUUCAAGUUGGUUGCAGCAGUUACUGAAGAAGCUGUUUAUUGCGUGAGGAAUGCCGAGACAUUACUUGUAAAAUUAGGUUGUCGUUCAACUCUAUUGAAGGUCCUCGCACAGCACCACAAUACUAGGUCUGCUGAUGUAAAUGUUGUGGCAGAAUCUCUGAAGAGGAGCACCAUUAAGGGAACACUUUUGAAUGAGAUCAUCUGUGAUCUCUCAUACAAACAGCCAGAUGAUGUCAAAUGAUGUGCAUUAUACAGCCUUACUUUUUUUUCCAUCUUUUUGGUUGUCAUACAACCUGAAAUUAUUAGCACUUGAUUCAAGCACACUUAUAAGGUGAAAAUGCACAUUUUUCUUAUUAAUUCCAGUGCACAUUGCAUAUUUGAGUGAUUAUCUAUAAAAGUACUUUUACAAUUCUUGUGGUUUUUAAGAUUUUAUACUAAUAUUUGCUAAACAUAAAAUGUACUUAGCACAGACCAGAACACAUUAAACCCACAACUUGAAUGCAUCCACACUCACACCCCAAAGGACACUUGGUACUGAUUUUAUUGUGUCCAUAAGUAAAAUGAAACAGGUGACAGCUUUCAAAGGUUUAAUUAGCAUUACAACACAUGCCUGGUAUGGCAGGGAUGGUGCCCCCUAAUCUGAAGGUCUGGGCACACACCAUGAUGCUGGGAGCAGUGAGGUGCUAAAGCAAUGAAGUUAAUGUUGGAGGCAAUUUUUUUUUAAAUUGGUGAUCCAUUCAUACAUAUGCAAGUGUUGACUCCUCACAGCAAGAGGCUGAAGCUUGGUGUGAAGUUCAACUCAUUAUAUCAUAGAAUUACAAGAACCUGACCUGACUUGAAAAUAUUGUGCAGUAAUAUUUGUUACACUAAAUUAUAGUUUCUCUUUGAGACUUGCAUUUGUUAAAAUGUCAGAAUUCAGAAAGAUAUAUUUUUGCAUAAGUUUGAAUAUACAGUGUAAUAGUAAAUGUAAGGAUGCAGCUAUAGUAGGUGGUAUAGAAAAUUUCUAGUAACAUACCAUAUACCACAGUUUGUACCCUUACUUCAGCAUUCCCUUAUCAAAUUACAGAGUACUUGAUG